AUGGCUUGUCGUGCCCAGGCGGAGCUGCACUUCAUGAAGAAAAUUCCCAGCGGGGCUGAAGCGUCCAACGUGCUCGUAGGAGAGCUGGAUUUCCUUCGCCAGCCCAUCGUGGCAUUUGUCCGCCUGACCCCGGCUGUCCUCCUCUCGGGCAUGACGGAAGUUCCCAUCCCAACAAGGUCUGAACGAGAAGCACAAAAAGGAAAAGCCCAUCAGUACCAUGAGAUCGGCAGGUCCAUGGCUACUGUCACGACGGAUGAGGUGCGACCGUCCUUCCUCUUCCUCUACUGUGCCUGCAUGUCCCCUGUCAUCACCUUCGGGGGACUGCUGGGGGAGGCGACCGAUGGCCACAGAAGUGCCAUGGAGUCGCUGCUGGGCGCCUCCAUGACCGGCGUGGUGUUUUCCCUCUUUGCUGGCCAACCUCUCACCAUCCUCGGCAGCACCGGACCCGUGCUCGUCUUUGAGAAGAUCCUCUACAAAUUCUGCAAGGAGUACACGCUCUCCUAUCUCUCUCUGCGGGCAUGCAUCGGGCUGUGGACCGCCUUCUUCUGCAUCGUGCUGGUGGCCACCGACGCCAGCUCUUUGGUGUGCUACAUCACCCACUUCACCGAAGAAGCCUUCGCCUCCCUCAUCUGCCUCAUCUUCAUCUACGAGGCUCUAGAGAAGCUGAGUCACCUGCGGGAGACCUACCCUGUGCACAUGCACAGCCAGCUCGACUUCCUCACCAUCGACUACUGUAAGUGUGAGGCACCGACGCAUCCCAGCAAUGAAACCCUGCGUUUCUGGGAGAGCAACAAGAUCAACGUGUCUGGCAUCGCCUGGGAAAACCUCACGGUGACCGAAUGUCGCUUACUGAAGAAGUUUAAGACCAGCCGAUACUUCCCAACCAGAGUACGGUCCACAGUAAGCGACUUUGCUGUUUUCCUCACCAUCGUCGUCAUGGUGCUCAUGGACUUCAUGAUUGGGAUCCCAUCACCGAAGCUCCACGUCCCCCAUAUGUUCAAGCCUACCAGAGACGACCGCGGGUGCUUCAUCAACCCCGUAGGACCCAACCCUUGGUGGACGGUGUUGGCUGCGCUCAUCCCAGCUCUGCUCUGCACCAUCUUGAUCUUCAUGGACCAGCAGAUCACUGCUGUUAUUGUGAACAGGAAGGAGCACAGGCUGAAGAAAGGAUGCGGGUACCACCUGGACCUUUUCAUGGUGGCCGUGAUGCUCGGGGUGUGCUCCGUGAUGGGGCUGCCCUGGUUUGUGGCUGCCACCGUCCUGUCCAUCACCCACGUGAAUAGCCUCAAAGUCGAGUCUGAGUGCGCAGCUCCAGGAGAACAACCCAAGUUUCUGGGGAUACGAGAGCAGAGAGUCACUGGCUCCAUGAUCUUUGUGCUCAUGGGCUGCUCUGUCUUCUUCACUUCUGUGUUAAAGUUUAUACCAAUGCCUGUGCUUUACGGCGUCUUUCUCUACAUGGGCGUGUCGUCGCUCGGAGAAAUUCAGUUCUUCGAUCGCUUGAAGCUGUUUUGGAUGCCGGCGAAACACCAGCCGGAUUUCAUCUACCUGCGGCACGUCCCCUUGCGAAAGGUGCACUUCUUCACCGUGAUCCAGCUGAUCUGCCUCGUCCUGCUCUGGGCCAUCAAGGUGUCCCGUGCCGCCAUCGUCUUUCCCAUGAUGGUUUUGGCUCUUGUAUUUGUCCGGAAAGCCAUGGAUUUCUGCUUCUCGAAGCGAGAGCUCAGCUUCCUGGAUGACCUUAUGCCAGAGAGCAAGAAGAAGUUGGACGGUGCCAAAAACGAAGCCAAUGAAGAAGAGGUAACGCUUGCUGGGCGCUCGGGGCUGGACAUCUCCCUCGGGCUGUGA